CGGGUGAAUGAAGUGGAUGAACAGAACAGCAGAUUGAGCACAGCCUCCAGCGGGUGGGAGGAGAAGUUCCUCUCUUUUGGAGAGCUGCGAGUAAGGGCACAGGCUUUCUCUUCUCGGCCUCUUGAGUGUAGCCUUUGGUGUUGUGCUUCGUUUACCGGGAUACUGCAGACUAUCUACCACUGUGUGAGAGAGACGGAGUGGGGGCGAUGUGUUGCACUGAGUGAAGACUGGAAUCAGUUGAGAGAAUGUGGUGUCUGCGCUAACACGAAGAGCUGGGGGCCAAUCAGUCAUGAAGGCAAUGUGAAAAGAUGGCUUCGCGAAUCCUCUGAGCACCUUGCAGAGUGAGAAAGAUGAACUGGAAACCAGAUUGCUCCAAGCUCUUUCACCUUCUUGUGUUUCUUGUGCUCCUGUUAGUGGUUCUUGCGAUGCUCAGCCUUUCUGACCUUACACUGAAGGCAAAUGUACAUUACAGUGUGGCAGUAAAACCAAGUUGCCAGAUUGGGUAUUCAACUGCAUGCGCAAAGCGGGUAAUAUCGAAUUUUACCAGAAACACUCAGUUAUUCUUAAGUUUAAAUGAUAUAUGGUGGAUCCAGAAAAACCCUGCCAUCAAUGAAUUGCCUUACGGAGUUAAAGGGAGCGAACAAUCUAUCAACAAGAUAUUGGCCAGAAUACAGUAUGAUAUGCCUGAAAGUAUAAGCAGAUUGAUUUGUAAGAGGUGUGUUAUCGUCGGCAACGGGUACACCCUGAAGAACAGCUCACUUGGAGAAACUAUCAAUGAAUACGAUGUUGUUAUUCGAAUAAAUGAUGCUCCAGUGCGAGGCUACGAGAAGGAUGUUGGCAGCAAGACCACCUUGCGGUUCUUUUAUCCCGAGUCAGCAGCCAAGGAUCCGAAUACUGAAAACAACCCGAGCACACUGCUUGUGUUUUUACCCUUUAAGCAGGUGGAUGCCCAGUGGCUGAGGGAGAUUGUGUACGAUGAGAAAAGAUUUAGGAAAGGAUUUUGGAGAGCUCCUCCCUUGAUUUGGGAAGCAAAUCCUUCUAAUAUCCGGAUCCUUAAUCCUUAUUACAUCCAUCAAGCCGCCACCAAGUUAUUGAACAUGCCUCUGAAGCUGCCUCCCAAGUCAAAGCAGAAACCAGUGCACCCCACCACAGGGUUUCUAGCCAUCACAGUGGCCCUGAACUAUUGCGACGAGGUCCAUAUUGCUGGCUUCGGAUAUCCACUAACGAAACAAAGUACUCCCAUUCAUUACUACGGCAAAACUACCAUGAAAGAAAUGUCUAACUCUGAACACAAUGUCACACAUGAACAGCAAUUUCUGAAGAGACUGGUCACUUCUGGGGCAAUUAAAUACCUCACUGUUUCGGAGUAAUUGUUUCAUGAAAGACAACUUCUUAUUUAUAUUCCCCACAAAUUAUUGGUUGUGACAUAACAUCGGCUACUGGAUAUUUUACUGAGGACAGCCGCACCCCUGUUCCGGCGUAUACAGGAUUGUGGAUGGAAUAGUCAUUGCCCUAGGUGUGGGCAAUUCUCUGGCAUUGCCAGAAUCAUUAUAACUGAUUCAGGAGAUUCUACCCUGCACUGGCUGCUAAAUACCAGACACUACUAUAAGUGUUAAACAAGACUAAAUGGCCUACAUCUCAAGAGUUGAAGAGUUGAUUUGGAAAAUCCAAGUUCUGUCUUCCCAGACAUGCGAGAGGAAUAACUCUUGCUUUGAAUACUUGACUUCAAAAGCUGAUGUCAUUUGUAAUUGGACAAGGAACACAUGGACUUACUGAGAACCUUCCACACCUUCACAAUGUUUUAUUUUGCUAGACCAAUGGACAUUGACUCCCAUUGUAAAUAACUUCCUUAUGAGCUUUCCCUCUGAUUUAUUAAAUCUGUCUUACAGCUCCAGGGAAGAAAGAUAUGUGUAAAUGACAGCAGUUCUUCUUGUGAUAGUCCCACAUCCGUCAGCUUACUUUUUUUUCCUCUUCCAGUGGGCAAACUGUUCUGUCCAUGGUGGCCAUUUUAUGUUACCUCUGCUCUCCUAGAGCCAAGAUUUGAUUUGCUUCACAACAAUUCACACCAGAGGUUUGAAUUAAUAAUCUCCUGGCAUUUAUUCAUUGUUGCUUUGGGAAAUGGUACUGCACAUCUGUUGCUGUCAAUGCUGCCAUUAUUUAGAGUUAGCUUACCCAAUCUUGAUUUGGCCACUGGUGUAAGGGAUCUGCUUUCAAUUGUCAAAUUUUAGCCCAAAGGUAGAAUUCUGAAGGCGUUUCUCACUGUAAGGCAGCCCACACUGGUGGUAUAUAAUGGUUGCAACUCUCUCAGCAUUGACGAAGUGUUGAUCUUUGUGAGUGUAAACCCAAUGUGCUACUCCGGCAUUAUUGUUUGGAGAAAUUCCUUCCAGAUUUUCUUUUAAAAAAAACUCAGCUUGUUCACACAAAACCACACUAGAUGGUAAGUUUAAUUUGUGCCCAGUGCGUGGUAUAGCAUUGCAGGCAUUUUAACAUUUUGAAUGGAACCUACUCUAUUAUGUUCUACCUCUGGAAUGUAUUUGGAGAUUUUCUUUUUAAAAUAAAAAUGAUACUGAAAGUCCAAAUUUUUCCAAAAUGGAAUUCAGACAAUGUAAAAAUAAUUCAGGUCUAGAUUUUUUUUCACUAGUGAAUUGAAGAAAAUUGUAUUCUGUCUGAACUUUUGAAGGUUAUUUCUGUCCUCUUAGUGAAGAUAUCAGAUUUAUAAUGAAGCCAAGGAUUGGUAUUGCACUUCUCUGCUUCAGUCUACCUUUUAAAGGAAGAGUUCCUGUGAUGAGAAUAAGACUUAAUGGAAUUAAUUGUAUUGUGUAGGUAUUAUGGUCAAAACUUCCAUUGUGUGCCUCAAGGAGGUCAUUGGGGUUUUAGACGCUGUCCUUUCAAACACUCUUUAGAUUAGAUUCCCUACAGUGUGGAAACAGGCCCUUCGGCCCAACAAGUCCACUCCGCCCCUUGAAGCAUCCCACCCAAACCCAUCCCCCUAUAACCCACACACCCCCGAACACUACGGGCAAUUUAGCAUGGCCAAUCCACCUAGCCUGCACAUCUUUGGACUGUGGGAGGAAACCGGAGCACCCGGAGGAAACCCACACAGACACAGGGAGAAUGUGCAAACUCCACACAGACAGUCACCCGAGGCGGGAAUUGAACCCGGGUCCCUGGUGCUGUGAGGCUGCAGUGCUAACCACUGAGCCACUGUGCCGCUUAGAACACUUUUUCUAAGAUGUGCUGAAUUGCGUUCUGCUGAGAAGUCUGCUAACAACCUUAACUUGUGCUACCUGCAGUCUUCAGUGGUCCCCAGCUCCAAACUGCAAAAAAUUUUACCCAGCAAAUACACACUCGGAUAUGUUGAAAUCAGAGGAAUUUUUUUUAAGCUUCUUCCUUCUUUGUGAUGCUAUACUGUCCUGAAAGUGACCUUUAGGAUUUAUUGAAUGUGUUUAAGGUUUCUCUAACUCCCUUGAGUCUGCUAUCAUUACAAGCUUUACUGCUACCUCAUCUCCAGCUAAACUCCCCUGCAGUUUAUAUUUCUGUCUAUUCUAUUAACCAAAUGCUUACUAAAGCCCAGCAUUUUAGUUACCAUACCAUUCUAGCUGCUGACCUUUGAAUUGAUGUGACCGUAACCAUUUGAGUACAUUAGAUUUCAAAGUGCUUCAGUGGGAUUUAUUCCAUUUUCUACUGUUAAAACAUAAUUCCUAAAACUAACCCUUAUCUACUAAACCUGACUCAAUCUAGUGGUAUUUAAGGGAAAAUCUCCUUGUAUACUGAGCUUCAUUUUGCAUCUUUGUAGAUUCUGAGGGAAUGUUUUUCCACUAGAACCACUGUCGCUGUUAUAAUACCCAUUUCCACUUGUGGUACAACCAUUUCUGAAGCAUCCUUAAGGGCUUCUAUUACUGCCAUUGGUUUAUCAUUUUUUUUGUGACAAUUUGCUUUUACAUACCCUGUCUUAUGGAAAUGAAGAUGUACUGAUUUUGUUUUUAAUGCACUUCUAGAUUCUAAAUAAUCACUUUUGGAAACCUGACCUACAUUUGUCUGUUUGCUAAAGUCAAAAUCUAUCCUAUUCCUCCAGCUUCCCAGUGGGGAUUUCAUAUGACAAUCACUACACACUGUGAGAAACAUUGCUCAAAAUUACUGGAGCUUGUGCGUCUUUGACUUCAGAUUACUCUCCCUCAUCUUGAUAAAACAUUCUUGCUAUUGCAGUGCUAUUCCAGAAUCCUUCUAUAUGCUUGAUUUCUCUCAUUUUCAAAUGUUUGCCCUCACUUUAAAAAAAUACUUGUUCCUAGAUAUUGACAGCACAGGGCUAGGCCAGCACUUAUUGUCAAUCCCUAGUUGUUAUACUGAAGGUGGUGAUGAGCAGUUGUCUUGAACUGCUGCAGUACAUGACAGGCAAGUACAUCUAUAGUGCUUUUGAGAAGUGAGUUCCCAGGAUUGUGGCAGUACAGGGUCGGUGAUAUAGUUCCAAUUCAGGCUGAUGUGUAACCUGGUGGGGAGGGAUGGAGCUUACAGUUGGUGUUCCCAUGCAUCUUUUGCCCAUCCCCUUUUAGAUGGUAGAGGUUGUAGAUUUUGAAGAUUCUACCUGUUUAAUCUUGAUGAGUUGCUGCAACACAGAUGGCCCACACUGCUGCCAUUGUGCAUUUGUGGAGAAGGGAAUGAAAACAUUGAAGGUGGUGAAUGUAUUACCAAUCAAUGGUUGCUUGAACUCCAUGAAUGAAACUAUUUUCCCACAAUAUUUCUUUCACCCUUGUGAACUCAACAUCUGUUGGUACUGUCCUAUCUUUUAAUUCACAAACCUAAAGAGCAAACUCAUAAAGUGUUGAGUAUUGCCUUUUAAACUUUAUAUAUAGUGCGAGGACUUCUAACAGACUUAAGAAAAGGUUUGGAGAGCCAUGGGUCAAGAGCAGGCAGGUGGGACGAGUUUAGUUUGGGAUUAUGUUUGGCAUGGAUUGUUUGGGCCAAAGGGUCUGUUUCUGUGCUGUAUGACUGAAACAUUCACAACUUUAUCCCUCAGGACAUCUUGUAUCAUUACAUUCCAUGAGCCUUUGGCCACUUUCAAUUUGUAUCCAUCUUGCCAGAGGAGGUAAAAUAUUUCUUAAGACUUCCUUUAGUAAAUUUAGGCUCUAGUUGAAGAUUCUUUGGUUAACUCAAGAACCUAAUUGGGUCUUCCUUCCUCAUCUGAGUUAUUUGCCCCGCUUUCACCUCACAACUUGAGCUUCUCUUUAGUCAGUUCCUGCUUUCCAAAUUCUUUCUCCCUUUGAAGCUCUCUUUCUUUAUUGUUUUUGUCACUUUUGUCUUAGGAAUUCAAGUUCAGGGUUUUUCAUUUAUGUUUCUAGUUUAUACCUUUGCAUUUCUUCCUCAAGCUCAAGUAUGUUUUGUCUCUAGCUUCGGCUUUCUGUCAAGAUACCUCAUGUCCUUUAUCUUUAUGCUUUUUCUGCAACUAGUUUCUAGCCAACUCAAACAUAUUAGCUUUUCCAUCCUCAAAUUUAAAUACUGUGUCACUUCCUUAAUUAUGUCAGUUUUUCCUGAUCUCUGCUUUUCAUUCUACUCCCAGCUUUUUUAGCAAUGCUUUUAAAUUAAUUAGUUCAUUGUUGCAUAAAAGCUAGCACAAAUUUUUUUUUGGGAAUGACUGAGCAGUAAAAAUGCCUAAUCUGUUGUUCAAUGAGUAAAGCAGGCUACUAUGACAAUCUUAUUUGUCUUAACCUUAGCAACUCCCAAUACUCAUGUUUGUCAGUGAAUUUUAAAUCCUGUAGAAGCCUCCAAAUUAUCUAACAAUCCUGGGCAAGCCUGUAUAGGUUGUAUAGCAAUUUGGUCACUUCACAGUAACUUUUUUAUCAAAAGUGUACAAAGUUUGAGAUCUCAGGAACUUACUAACAGAAUAAAGCCUAAAGGUGCACAGAUUUAAACAAACUAAGUAAAUAUUACUACACAAAAAUUAGACUGUAUACACACUCACACUUGUAUUCUAACAUCUGGAGGUAAACUAUUGUUGAAGAUUCAUACAACCUCAUGGAGCAGAAUGGGCUGCAACUUUUAAGAUAAUAAAAUGUGAGGCUGGAUGAACAC